GGGUGAAGUGCUAUAUCCCUACGUUCCAUAUGAAUGCUAAGACUGCCGCAUAGCUUCCCUCUCGAAUUACGAAUUCUUUUUGGAUCGUUUUCGACUCAAAUAUCAUACCCCCAGAAGACUCGAAAGCUCCACUCCUUGAAAAUGUACACUUCAUAUGCGAGAUAUGAUCCGUACGAUAGAUAUGAGGGGUUUCAAGCGCACGAAAAGUACGACGCAUACCAAGCGGACGAGCCACCGGAGCCGCAGUCGAUGAUACUGGUGAUGGGAGUGACCGGCGUGGGCAAGAGCUUCUUUAUCAAUAAGUUGGCUGAGGGGAUGGUACAGGAGGGUCCGGGAUUGAAGUCUCAGACGCAGCGUCCAGAAAUUGUCAAAGCAACGAUCGGAGAUGCUCAUGGUCCGGAGGUAGCUCUCGUAGAUACUCCGGGAUUCGACGACUCAGCCAGGCCAGAUAGUGAAAUCCUUGAUGAAAUCUCUCGGUUCCUAGCAUUGCAAUACAUUCUUGGCAUCGAGCUCAAGGGCAUCAUCUACCUUCACCGCAUCACCGACAACAAGAUGCAAGGAAACGCAUAUCGCUACUUCCAGAUGUUUCAAAGGCUUUGCGGCGAGCAAGCUUUCCAGAACGUGGUGCUACUCACCACGAUGUGGGACCAGCUAAAGGACGAGGCGGUGGGUUACGAACGAGACCAGGAGCUCCGGCGCGACUACUGGAACAUGAUGGAAGAGAAAGGGUCCUACAUUGGGAUGUUCGACGGCAGCCACGAGAUGGCCGAAAGUAUCGUACUUCGGCUACUUGGCAAGCAGCCCAUCACCCUAGACAUCCAAGUAGAACUUGUUGAAGGUAAUCAAACCCUAGAAGAGACGUCUGCAGGCAAGCUGGUGGCUUCGUCAGUGGAGGCAAAGCUGACCCAGGCGACCCGCGAGGCUGACGAAUUAGAAAGAGAACUUGCGAGCCGUGCCGUCGCGGGAAACGAUUCUGGGGUCUCGGGGCUGCGGAGAGAGCGGGACCGUGCUGAAGCCGAUGUGGUGGUGCAGAAGCGCAGACGGGAGAAGCUGAAGAGACGUGUUGGUUGGGAGACCAGGCAGAAGGUGGGUGUGGAGGACGAGUCAGCUGUCAAAAAGCGGUUCGGUGCAGACAAGAUCGCCAUGUUUGCUUCUUUUUUGGGCUUGACGGUCAACCUGGUAUUCGCAAUCCUGCCGCUGGUUGGCGUAUUUUAG